UCUCUCUCCCUCAUUUCACAACAGCAUACCCAUAAUCCUUAAUCCUUCCCCGUUAUCCACUUUUCUCAUUCAUUUUUCCAUGGCGCCAAACAGCCAAACAUCCCUUAACGAAGGCAAGUAUGCCAUCCCAAUCACCACAAACGACCUAGAACACCAACAAUCCCUAGAUCAAAACGAGUUCGACUACUCAAAACGCUCCCAGUGGCUUCGCGCCGCCGUCCUAGGGGCCAAUGAUGGCCUAAUCUCAACGGCUUCGUUGAUGAUGGGCGUGGGAGCUGUCAAGGAAGACAUCAAGGCCAUGAUCCUAACUGGGUUCGCCGGACUAGUAGCCGGGGCAUGCAGCAUGGCCAUUGGAGAGUUUGUCUCUGUGUACUCCCAGUUGGACAUAGAGGUGGCUCAAAUGAAAAGGGACAAUCAGAACAAGCAAAAGACUCUGGCACACGUGGCGGAAGAUGGUGAUAGCGAGGGAGACAACGAAAAGGAGAGCCUGCCCAACCCGUUGCAAGCUGCGGCUGCUUCAGCUCUUGCGUUUUCAGUAGGGGCAAUGGUCCCAUUGUUAGCAGCUUCGUUCAUAAGGGAGUAUAAGGUGAGGUUAGGAGUUGUGGCUGCAGCUGUGAGCUUGGCUUUGGUGUUGUUUGGGUGGCUGGGGGCAAAAUUGGGGAAGGCACCAAUUAUGAGAUCAAUGAUGAGGGUUUUGGUUGGAGGAUGGAUGGCCAUGGCUAUAACCUUUGGGUUAACCAAGUUGAUUGGCUCUAGUGGGCUGUGAAACUCCUUGAUCUCACAUCCAUUGUAACUGUGUUAUUACAUGUUUCAUCUUUUUUACGUUCCCUUUUUUCUACUUUUGGUUUUUGUGUAAUGAAAGAUGACAAGAUGUGUAUAGGGAGUGAGUUUUGCUAAUUUUCUUGGUGUAAGUUGAGUCUUAAAAGAAAGGAAACGCAUAGUAUUAUUGGGGAAUAAAAGUACUAAAGAUCACGCACGUAA